AAUGAGUUUUUACACUUUAUCAGUGUGAGAUGUGCUGGUGUACUUACAAAUAACAGAAGCUUAAAUCCGUGAAAGUCAGCAGCGUGUCCUUGUAAGCCCUGUUAAGAAUGGCUGUGCUUUGAAGGUAUUGGGCUGCUGCAAGGCAACGAGGAUUUAUUCUCUGUAUGACCACAGGCUGCUAGGAUGACGUUUCUUAAUGCUUCCUUUUGUUCUACAAACAAUCAUAAGGUUUUCCUGCAGUGUAGAGCAUGGGAUGGAUUCACCAGGGCACAGGAGAUGCUGAAAGUAUAAUCAUACUUGGAUCUAAGAUAUGGAAAGUCAUGACUCGGUGAAUGCUGUGGAAGAGAUCUCUUCAUCUUCUGCAGACUCUGAUGUCAAAAAUACCCAAAGCUCUGUUUGUAACUUGAAUUGUAACAGGAGCCCCUCAGCCAAUCCCAGUGGAGUUUCUGGUUACUCAGGGAAUACCAGGUCCUCGUUAGUUGCUGCUUCUGUUGAGCUGCUCUCCUCCUACAUGCGAGAUAUCCAGCACAGUGGGAAUGCUGAGUCUGAAACUGUGAAGGACUGUGAGGCAAGGUGGCUACAGCUGUUGAGACUGGUAGAGAAACAAUGCCAGGAACAAAUAGCUGCCCAGCAAGAACAGUUCCACCAUCAAAUCCAACUGAUUCAGAAUGAAAUAAGGCAGUUAGUGAAAUUGCAGACCAGCAGUUGGAGCACUGGCAAGAGCAGGAGUUUGCCUGGGAAGUCUACAGAUGCCUUCUCGUCACUAGAAAGUCAAAUGGGGAUGCAUUCUGAAGUCUCUGAAGGAAAUGGAUGCAUUGUCAAUCAGCUUAGAUCUAAUGAAAUCGAACUGCAUCCAAAUGCCUCUGAUCCUUAUCAGGAAUGUCUUGCAAACGAUGCUUCCAUGACCAGUGGGUACGGCACCCUGUCUGCCUCUGAGCUGAAUGCUAGCAAAUCUCAUGAUGUUAUCAAGUGCACAGACUGCAUGGAGAGCACUGCACAAGGACAGGGUGAUGCAGCAGUAUUGCAGAGUAAUGCAGCUGUAGGCAGCAUUCAACGUACAGGAGAACUUCUAUUAAAACAAACAGAGGACUGUUCAGCAGGAAGGAAUCGCGCUGUGGGUUUUCCUGCUGAAUUUGAACAUAAGGUGAAUGAAGAUCAGUGCAGGAAAAAAAACAGUAAAUCUUUAACAUCGUGGGCACAAAAGUUGAAACAAAACCAACCAAAAAGAGUGAACACAGAAGAAGUGCAAGUGAGCUCUGUGCAAGGAGACGAGCAGGCAAAGAAAUCACUGCUUGAGAAUACAGACUCUACCAAUGCUGCUUUGCCACCUUACACUUUUUACCUCAAUCAGCCAUCUGAAAGCCCGAAUUCUAUCGUGUCUGAAGCUUCAGGACUUUCAUACUGGAAACUAGAUGUGAAGGAGAUGUAUCACUCUUUACCAGAGAACUUCAGAAGCGAGUUUGCUGAUGUUUUCUCCACUAAAGUAUCACCAGACCAGUUGUCUUCUGCUGAUGAAAUGAAGCCAUCAUCACUGAAGGAUAUUUAUCAUAAAAGACAAAGGGAAAACAAUCAGCUGCCAGAGAUGAAUUUUAUGCCUUCUUCUCAGACAAGUCACCCACCAGAGAUCUUGACAUUGGACCCAACCCUGCAUAUGAAACCAGGUCAACAGAAUCCAGCAUUGUUUUUCAAUAUUCCUGAAGAGAGUACUCCUUUUUCUCCAGACUCUAUGGCAGAUCCUGGAUUUUCAAGUCACUGUGACACAGACUCAUUUUCACAGACAAGCAGUUUGUCUCAGUUUGAUGAUUCUCCAAAACAUCCUGCCAGCAGCAGAGCUGUGCAUUUGGACUUCUGGAAAAAUCAUCCAAUCCAAAAUGAAGACAAGGCCAGCUCUCCCUUUCCAGUGACAUAUGCUGAUGCUAACAGUGAUAUUUUAGUAAACACUGAGGAGGAAGAAACACUGACUCUGACUCCAUCCUCUGUUACUCAGUGUGGUGACAGGAGUUUACCAGACCACGGUCUUUCAGUGACAUCUGCUGAAGAUCCUGUGAUAAUGUCAAAGAUUAGGCAGAACUUGAGGGAAAAACAUGCUCGACACAUAGCUGAUCUACGAGCUUACUAUGAUGCUGAGAUCCAUAGCUUAAAACAGCAGCUAGAGGCAAGCCAUAAAAGUGCUGCUUCUGAAGACCUGAAGGAAAUCAAUCAAAAUCUUGCUGACAGGUGUGACCAGUUGGAUGCAGCUCUGAAUGAAGCAAGUGCUCGCAUAAAAACCCUUGAGAAUAAGAAUAGUAUGCUAGAAAAGCAAGUGGCAGAUUGGAGAGAACGCUUUUAUGGAGUUGGUAAUACCUCCAAAGUGCUGCAAGAACGUAUUGAAGAGAUGCGCACAAGCAAUAAAGAGAAGGACAAUACCAUCAGUAGGCUAAAGUCAAGGCUUAAGGAUCUAGAGGAAGCAUUUGAAAAAGCUUAUAAAUUAUCUGAUAAUAAAAAUACAAGGUUAAAAGAAGAAAAUAAAAUGUUUCAAAAUCUUUUAGGAGAAUAUGAUUCCCUUGGAAAAGAACACGAAAGGGUGAAGGAUACAUUAAAUGCAACUGAAAACAAACUGCUUGAUGCAAACACCCAGAUUGCUGAUUUGAAAAGGACAGUUUCAAAACUCGAAGCUCAGCUCAAGCAGGUGGAGCAUGAAAAUAUGUUGAAACUUCGUCACGUUACUGAAAGUCGUCUAAGAGCCUCUUGUGCCAACAAGUUGGCUGCUCCUGAUGUCAGCAGGCGAAAGUGGUUGAUACCAGGAGCAGAGUAUUCAAUCUUCACUGGCCAGCCUCUGGAAGUCCAAGAAAGCCCCAAAGAUAACAGACUAGAAGAAGCCUACAUUCCUUCCAGGUACCAUUCUCCUCCCGAAAAAGACUCCUCACAAGAAGACUCUUCACCAAACAUAGCUGAAAAGAAGGACAACGAGAUGUCAGAAGCACCAAUUAUAAAAGCCUUUAAAGAACUUGAAGAAAUGAAAGCUUUUAAAGAUUGGGGUACUCAGACAGAAAAAGAUGACACAACAACCAAAACAUCAAGUCGGCGUCAAACCGUUGGGUUUGUAGAGACUUCUGUUGCUGCCAACAGAUCCCCAGAGAAAGGUAGAGACCAACAGAGACCCAAACGAUACAGCUCCCCUUGUGGCCAGAGGUCUUCAUCUCUUCCUCCAUCCAACAGGAAAUCGAAUACUCCAACAAGGCGAGAGAUCAUGUUGGCACCAGUGUCUGUGACAUACAGCCCGAAACGAUCUCCAAAAGAAAAUCUCUCUCCUGGAUUUAGCCAUUUACUUAGCAGAAAUGAAAACACAGUGACAAGAUUUGAUAUACUUCUAGAUGACCUGGAAAGUGGUCCUGCAUCUACUUCACAGCACAGUAAUCCAAGAAAAAGGCUCCAGUUUCUUUCACUUGAUGAUACAGAAGGAAGGCAAAGUUCAGGUGUAAGACACAGCUCUUGUGCUGAAUCUGUCAGUACCAGAAUGAAGAAAGCAACAGCUUGGGACGAGAGGAGCGGGGCACAGAACCAUGAGCCAGUGCUAUCAUCUUGUGAGGGGGACUUCCCAUCCACACCAAGGAUUCAGACUCUGGCUGAAACAGAGAGGCUUUUCGAUGACCUGACUCAAGAAAAGCAACAGAUUGAGGCUGCUUUGAGUCGAAUACCUUGUUCUGGUGGAAGAAUGACCUUGCAAGCAAGAUUAAAUCAGGAAGCCCUGGAAGAUCGCUUGGAAAGGAUUAACAGAGAUCUGGGGUGGAUACGCAUGACCCUGAAAAGAUUUCAUGUUUUACGUACCUCUGCAAACCUUUGACGAUUCCCUCUUGAAUUCCAAUAUGCUUUUUUUUUUUUUGCACUAAUAUAUAAUGAUACACUUGGUAAAUGUAAAUGUUUUGUAUUUUUAUAAAUCCCCAAUAGUAGUUUUACAACCACGUUACCCUUUACACUCAGCAAUAUUUUGUACUUCAAACAGCCACCUAUAUUUUAAGCAUAUUUUUGUUACACUUGAGAAAGCAAUGUUUAUCCUGUAUUGUAAUAUUUUUAGAAAUAUUAUUUUUAAAUAGUGAUACUCAAUUUAUAAUAAGAAACUAAAAGGCAGCUUGUUUUCUGAGAGUGAUUGUGUUUUGCACUCGUUUUCGUCACCAUUUUACAAAUGUCUGUGGCACGUUGUAAAUACUGGCUAAUAGGAAGUCUUGACUUUUAAUACAAAACACGACAUGAGUUGGUGUUAGACAACUGCUGUUAUGUAGUAGAUCCUUUUCAUUUACAUCUGGUGGGUAUUUGUCACAGUGACCAAAGUACAAGCAGUAGCAGGGCUUUGAUGCCAUUAGGGCCAGGAUUCAUGCAGCUGACAGCAGCCAGCUUUCCUCCCAGCGAGCUCAGCUGCAGCUGGCACUGCAGGACAGCAGCUGGCUCACUCAAGUUGCUGCUUUAACAUCAGGGUGGGUUUUGUGCCGUGCCGGUGUUUAGAGCACACACUUCCAAGUGAAAUCUGUGCUGUCUUUGUGAGCAAGACAUGCAUUUUUCUUGGUGAAAAAUAUAGAUUUGCUCGUUGGCAUAUUGUUGAGUUACUGUUCAACAUUGAUAUUUUAGUUUGUAUUUUGAUAUUAAAUAAAUGUUUAAUUAGAUUCUUUCUCCCAGCCCAAAGACAAUAAUAGGAUCUGGGAUAUAACAUCAGCAAUAAUGUAGGUUUUAAUCAUAUUGUGUGUUUCAAGUUCUGUCCUUGUUCCAAAUGCUUAGCCACUAAUGAUGUGAUUAUUUUGCAGUGGAAAGGCCAGAAUAGCUGUGGUGAAGAAAGCUCGUGAAGCUCUGAUUCUAAUUCUAGAGUGCUGGUUUUUAAAGAUAUUUAAUGAAGAACUGCCCUACGUUAAUGCAAAGUACUUUUUUCUUAGAAAAAGCUUUAUUUAUCAAGUGCUUUGUGCAUCUCCUCCUGCCCUGCGGGUUGUUCUGAUGCAAGAUCAGAGGAGUCAGGCCUCCAAGUUACUCAUUUUCCCUUCUGCUCUAAAAUGUUGAAAUUGGGCCCGAAUGCUUGGUAGCAACUUGCUUGAAUAUACUUCCAGUCUAUACUAGGAGAUGCUUAAUUUUGAUGGUAUUUCAUAUUCUUACUUGAGGAGGAAGAAAAGAAAAAAGCUUCUCUACUUUCCCAUGCAACUCUACCAUUCAGCUGAAUAAGUUUCUUUCCACCUCUUUGAAUUAUGAACAGGUAGAGUGUAAAAGCACCAUUCUAAAGCAUCAUUGAGCCAGCAGGAUUUCUUGCAAGGCAUCCAUCAGCACACAACUUCACUUGGGUCCAUUUAAUGGUCUUGUUUUCUUUCAUCAGUGCUGCUGCAAAACAGGCACCAUUUUCCUGACAGGCAUUUGAAAGGAGCAGGUAAAUCAAUUCAGCUCCAUCACUGCCUUUCCUCAUAACCUCCCUUUAUUUCCAUUCCAUUCUCUCCAGCACUAUUCAUAUUCAUGUACUCUUUUUUUAUUACCUCCAGAAAACUGAAGCGUGAGUCACAAUUUAUUUUUUAAUCAAAAGCUCUCCUCCAUCUGUUGGAGCUCUUCAGGCUAUUUCUGUUCUGUUCUAACACUGAAAGGGGGGGGAGAAGAUUUUAAGUGUUGCUCUUAGUAAACUUUUAGGCCACCCUUUUAGCAGUAGCUGCGAGGCGCGGGGUGAGCUGUGGCUGCGCGGUGCCUUCAGCCUCAGCCUUCGGCGAGGUGGAGGAGCUGCAGUUCCCGAUGGAAGCGGCGGGAGGCCUGAAUGCUCGGCGCUUCUGAACAAUCAGCCCCGAAGCAUCAAAAGAAGGGAAAGUGGGGCACGUUUGGAAAACACGCCUGAAGUCGCCGUGUGCUCUGCUGGACAACGGCUUAUUAGAUUUUUUAAUAAACCUUCGUAAAAUUCGUUGCCUUCAGCACCAACGCAUUGCCUUUUUGUACGAGAAGAGCAGCAGAGCUGAGGCUGCUUCUGAGCAGGGCUGUAACCGCCGUCCUCCUGCCUGCUCCCCGCCUGCACAGCAGCUGCAGCUUUUACUCAGCCUCGGCGUCGUUCGGUCGCCGAGGGCCCUUGCAAGGUGUAGUUCUUGACGGUAACAAAUCUCCCAGCUUUCGAGGUGUCGCUCCAGGCACACAAGAUCUCUUCCCGCCCUUCC